CAACUAAUCAUCAUUCAACGCUAGCAACUUCCUGAUACAAUGAGAUAUGAUAAAAGCACCCUGCUUCCAGGCUUCCAGCAUAAUUGCCUGCCGUGAAUGGUGAACUAUAAACACAGCCAAUCCAACAUGCCCUCAUCCUACAUAUCCAUCCCAGUUUCCUUCUGCAUCCUGAUCAUUGCCACAUCCCUGUGCUCCGCGGCGGACACCAUCUCGGCCGGUCAGCCACUCGCCGGCCGUGGCGGGAAGCUCGUCUCCAAGAACGGUAAGUUCGCACUGGGAUUCUUCCAAAGAUGGACCGGCAGCCGCUCCAGUACCCCGAAAUGGUACUUGGGCAUAUGGUUCAACACAGUCCCGGAGUUGACCCCAGCUUGGGUGGCCAACCGGGAGAACCCGCUCCCCGACGGAACCUCGUCGGAGCUCAUCAUCUCCGACGAUGGCAACCUCGCCAUCUUCAACCGACCCAACCGGUCAAUUCUGUGGUCGAGCCAGGCGAACACCACGACGAACAACACCAUCGCCGUGCUGCUCAACAGCGGAGACCUCGUCCUGUCCGACGCGUCGAACUCGACUGCCAUCUUCUGGAGGAGCUUCGACCACAUGACCGACACUUUCCUCCCCGGUGCCAGGAUGGGCAGGAACAAGGUGACCGGGUGGACCCAUGGCCUUGUCUCCAAUAAGAACUCGCACGAUCUGUCUCCGGGCAUCUACUCUGGCCACCCAUCUCCAGACUCUGCCAACUUCGAGCUGCUCCUUUCAUGGAACUCUUCGGUUACAUACUGGUCAUCCGGGCAAUGGGAGGGGCAGUACUUCAGCAACAUGCCGGAGAUGUCGGGUCGCUAUUUGUUCUUCUCCGAGUUCGUUAGCAAUGAUCGGGAAGAGUACUACACAUACUGGUUGAAAAACGAGACCGUGGUCACAAGGUAUGUCCUUGAUGUAGACGGGCAAGCAAAAAUGGUGCUCUGGUCUGAUGCUUCAGCGGAGUGGAUAUUCUUUUAUCCAAAACCAGAUGCUCAGUGCGAGGCGUAUGCUGUCUGCGGACCGUUUACGGUUUGCAGAGAGGAUGUGCUCCCUUUCUGCAACUGUAUGAAGGGUUUCUCCAUCAGAUCACAGGAAGACUGGGAGCUAGGGGAUCGAACAGGCGGAUGCAACAGAAACAUUCCCUUAAACUGUGCCAGCAGCAACUCAGGCAUAAGUGGUGGUCUGACAGACAUGUUCUAUGCCAUGAGGAAUGUUAUAUACCCUGAUAAUGCCAAACACAUUGAAGCUGGGAGUGCCGAGGAAUGUGGAAAAAGUUGUCUUGGGGAUUGCUCCUGCUACGCAUAUUCCUACUCUGGUAAGUGCAGUGUUUGGAACUCUCAACUGCUUAAUGUUUUGCAAAGGUAUAAUGGAAGUGCCAGCGACGAAGGAAUUCUUUACCUUCGGCUUGCUGCCGAAGAGCUAAAAACUUCAAAACACAAAAGAAGAAUGAUAGUUCGGUUGGUGAUUGCUGCAACCAUCUUCGCCGCUUUGUCUCUGUUUGCAAUUAUUUGCAUGUUUGUCAGGAGACGGAAAAGGCAGCAUUCAUCUAUGGAACCAAGCAACAUCAGAGGAGGAAUAAUGGCUUUUGGAUACAAAGAUUUGCGACAUGCAACAAAAAACUUCUCAGAAAAAUUAGGAGGUGGUAGUUUUGGGUCUGUGUUUAAGGGUGUUUUACCUGACUCAACUGUCAUUGCAGUUAAAAGACUUGAUGGUGCUCGUCAAGAAGAGAAGGAAUUCAGGGCAGAAUUGAGUUCGAUAGGAAUGAUCCAGCAUAUUAACUUGGUCAAGUUAAUUGGCUUUUGCUGCCAAGGAAGCAAAAGAUUGCUUGUCUAUGAGUAUAUGCCAAACCACUCUCUUGAUGCCCAUCUGUUUCAAAGCAGUGGCAUGCCCUUGUGUUGGGGUACUCGGUACAAGAUAGCACUUGGUGUUGCUAGAGGAUUAGCCUAUUUGCAUGAGAAUUGCCAAGACUGUAUUAUCCAUUGCGACAUUAAGCCCCAGAACAUUCUUUUAGAUGCUUCUUUUGUUCCUAAGAUUGCAGAUUUUGGGAUGGCAAAGUUUGUUCGAAGAGAUUUUAGCCGAGUCAUAACAACAAUGAGAGGAACUAUGGGAUAUCUUGCUCCUGAAUGGAUAAGUGGCGUGGCUAUCUCAUCAAAAGUAGAUGUUUACAGUUACGGAAUGGUACUGUUAGAAAUCAUAUUUGGAAGAAGAAACUCCGGAGAAGAAUAUAACAGCGAUAGUACCUACUUGCCUGUACAAGUUGUAAAUAAACUCCUUCAGGGGAAUGUGCAGUGCUUGAUGGAUCAAAGCAUGCACGAUGGCAUCAAUCUGGAAGAGGUUGAAAGGGCUUGCCGAGUUGCUUGUUGGUGUAUUCAGGAUCACGAGUCCCACAGACUGACUAUGGGAGAAGUAGUCUGGAUUCUUGAGGGCUUGAUUAAGGUCGAUGUGCCUCCCAUGCCAAAGGUUCUUGAAGCAAUUUCAGGAGGCACAGAUUCAACGAUCGCAUAGAUGUGCGAGUUCUUGAACUACCCAAGUGAUUUGCGCUUUUCAGGUGUGCUAUGGUCUUUUCAGAAUCCUUGCUAGUUUUCCUUCUUGUUCACACCUUGCUAGUUUGAAAAACAGGCAGCUUCUUGCAACUGUCAAGGCUGCUGUCAAUUGUUAGGUUCUGUAGAUUUCGGUUGUACUGGAUGAAUGGCAUUAGAAAUGGGUAUCACCCUAUCAUAAACCUCUCCGAAGUAGUAGUUUAUAGUUUUUGAGGUUCCGACAGUGUGGAUUGCUGCAAGAGUAUGUGAGUUUAAGAUCUUGCUAGGCAGAAGCAACAUUUCAUCCAGAUCUAAGAUCUUGAACACUUGAAUCUA